AUGACUAGCACACUACUCGAGAAGAGAAGACCUGCUCAAUCGCCGGAGUUAGAUCCUUCUACUCUUUCCAACUACAAGAAGUUCACGGUCCACAAAACUGAUAUCUUCUUUAAGGUUAAUUGGACCAAAAAGAUUCUCACUGGUUUGGUCAAUUACAACUUGGAAGUAAACGACAUUUCAACCAGUGAUAUCGUUCUUGAUACUUCUUAUUUGAAUGUUGCGAACAUUAAGUUCAACGGGGAGGAGAUUAGAAACUACAAUAUCGCAGCUAGAAAUGGUCCCUUGGGAUCAGCUUUGACUAUUCCAAUUAAAGCUACAAAUGGCAAGUCUGAUCUCACUAUUGAAUUUUCUACCACCGAUGAAUGUACUGGUUUACAAUGGUUAAAUCCUGAACAAACUUCCGAUGGCACUGCACCUUACUUGUUCUCACAAUGUCAGGCCAUCCAUGCCAGAUCACUGUUCCCUUGUUUCGACACUCCAUCUGUGAAAGUUCCAUACUCAAUGCACAUUGAAUCGAUCUAUCCUACUCUUUCUAGUGGUAACCCUGUUAAAACGAACGAGUCCACUCUUCCUAGUGGCUUCUUCUCUACUGAUGACCCUAAGCAAAAGAUCUAUUCGUUUGAGCAAGAGAUCCCCAUUCCUAGUUAUCUGUUCUCAAUUGCCAGUGGUAACAUCAAGUCUGCCGAGAUUGGGCCUCGUUCUCUUGUGUACACUGAGCCCGGUGAACUAGAUGAUUGUAAAUAUGAGUUUGAAGCCGAUACUGAGAAUUUUAUUCAAGCUGCGGAGAAAAUUGUGUUCCCUUAUUCGUGGAAGACUUAUAAUGUUCUGGUUUUGCCCAAGUCAUUUCCCUACGGAGGUAUGGAAAAUCCCAAUCACACUUUUGCCACCCCUACUCUUAUCGAUGGAAAGAGACAAAAUGUUGAUGUAAUUGCCCAUGAAUUGGCUCAUUCCUGGAGUGGUAAUUUAAUUUCCAACUGCUCAUGGAACCAUUUCUAUCUCAAUGAAGGUUGGACUGUCUAUCUCGAACGUCGUAUUAUUGGAGCUGUUCAUGGUGAGGCUCAUAGACAUUUCUCGGCCAUUAUUGGAUGGAAGGACCUCGAAGAGAGUAUCAAGAGCAUGGGAGAUGAUGCUGCUGCUUAUAGCAAGUUGAUUGUGGAUCUCAGCGGUGGAAAAGACCCUGAUGAUGCUUUUUCAACUGUUCCUUAUGAAAAAGGAUUCAAUCUCUUAUUCCAUCUAGAAAACCUUGUGGGUGGCAAAGAGGUCUUUGAUCCCUUCAUCCCUUAUUACUUCAACAAGUUCAAAUGUAAGUCCUUAGACUCAUAUCAAUUUUAUGAUACCAUCUAUGAGUUCUUCCAUGAUAAGAAGGAUCUUUUGGAUACAGUUGACUGGGAUGCCUGGUUUUUCACUCCAGGUUUACCUCCUAAGCCUAAGUUUGAUACCUCUAUUGCUGAUGCUUGCUACUCUCUUGCCUCAAAAUGGAUUGAAGCCCUUUCUGCUGGUGGGGACUAUUCUGCCUUUAAUAAGGAUGAUAUUGCAUCUUGGACUUCGACUCAAUCAUUUGUAUUCCUUGAUGCUGUUGCCGAUGGUAUCGAGAAGCUCGACGUUGAGGUUUCUCAGGUCGCAAAGGCUGCCUCGGCUUUAGACAGUGCUUAUUCACUCUCCUCCUCUAGUAACGCUGAGGUUAUUUCUCGUUGGUAUAGACUUGUUGUUGCCGCCCAGUUGAAGUCUGAGUAUGAACCAUUAGCCAACUGGUUGGGUACUGUUGGUCGUAUGAAAUUUGUUAGACCCGGUUUUAGACGACUCAACUCUGUGGAUAGGGAAUUGGCCCUAGCUACUUUUGAAAAGAACAAGACCUUCUACCACCCAAUCUGUCGGGCUAUGGUAACCAAGGACUUGGGUUUGUAA